GUCUUUUUGAGUUUCGAGAUGGCUGACACCUGUGCAUUUCGUCUGAGCUGUUUGAACUAAAGUUUGGAGUUCAAAAAUACUUAUUAGAUUAUAUUUUAGAGGAGAGCGCCAUCAAAAAGCUCUGAAACCAUUCAACUUCUUCUGUCUUCGACCCAUAAAUAGAGAGAAAAAUGAGACCCAGACGAGUUUGUCCUGAAAAGGAAGCCUUGCACUUCAUUGCCUCUGCGAAAGAUAAAGACACAUUCCAGAAAAAGUUCAUCAACAAGGAGAAAGGUUUUGGAGUAUUUGCCACCAAAAACAUUGAGCCAGGAGAAUUCUUGCUUGAGUAUGUUGGAAGACGUGUCUCUGGCUCGGAAGGGGAGGCCCUGUUCAAAGAGUACACAGAUGCAGAUGCAGCAUUUUUGUAUUUCUACUCCUUUCAGGGACAGGCUUUCUGUGUUGAUGGCAGCAAGGAAAAAGCAAGACUUGGAUGGUUCAUAAAUGACGAUCACGUAAAGCCAAACAGCAAAAUCAAAAUAAUCCUGGAUGAACAGAAAAGCCCACAUCUGUGUGCCUUUGCAAUCACAAAAAUAAAGGCAGGAGAAGAAAUUGUGUACAACUACGGAGAUCCCAACUGUCCACGGCAACAUAAAACCAAUGCUUCCUCCUGUGUUGAGCACACGGAAAAGAAGGAAUCUCGCUGGAAGAAUUCAUUUGAAAAUUUUGACUCCAAGCCUGGUGUGCUGAAAAUCGAUGACCUCAUUUUCAACCCAGAAGUGAAAAUUGCAAAUGGAUGCAAUGCUGCAGAGAUUUUCCCAGGACUCUUUCACAACUGCCUAUCUGAUCGACUUAAUUGA